GUGCCAUGCUCCCUUCCCUGCAGUUAAAAAAACGCAGCAGCAGCCACAGCUGAUCCACCACAACGCCCGCUCGUGCCUAAAAUCCCGGCGAUUUUCUCUCCAUUCCUGGCCGCCGACGCGUACAAAUACGCGGGAAUGUCAGAUUCCGGUCUGGAAUCGCCCACCGUCAAUGACAGUAGUUCGAGAACGGAAAAAAUACUCCACUUUCAUUCAUUUCGCCCUUUUGCGUGUGUCAGAUUCCAAUCCCCGGCGAUUACUUUCUAAAUUUAUGAGUUGAUGACAGUGCCACAGAUGAAGAUUUUUCCUUGGUUGGGUGAUUUUUGUGACUUGGAUGGUUUUUUGUGAUGACUUGUUUCCUAAUUCCGAAGAGGAAAUCCGAAGGAAAAAAGAGGAUUCUGUGACAGGUUUUCAGGUGAGAUGAACGAUUUUCAGAACAAAACAGUCUGCGGUUUUGAGAAGCGAAUCCCAGGAUGUAUGGGAAGAAUGGUUAACCUUUUCGACAUGAGCCCAAACAUAGCUGGUAACAGGCUGCUUAUGGAGAAAGCACAUGGAGAUGCAGGUGGUUCUCUCUGUGGAGGUCAGCCAGAUGUGACAAAGAAAGUGCGGGAUCCCUUCGGAGAUCAGAUAGAAGACAAACUAGUAGCAUAUGAGUUGAAGAGUUCUUCAAACAAGAAACCGGAUGAAACACCAACGAAGUUGCUUAUAGCUAAAGAAAUGUCGAAGGAAACAGAGUCAAGACGGAAACAGCCCAAUAUUGUUGCUAAACUGAUGGGACUUGAUGACUUGCCAACUCAACAACCCGUUUCAGCAGCUCAAAGAAGCUCCCCCGAAGGUUAUUUACAAAAUUCUUCUGCUAGAUUGGGGCCAAUGCCCAAGCAUUAUCGGCAAGAAAAUGGCUUCAUGGACAAGCAAAUCCUCGGAGACGUGCAUCCUUCCAAGGCCUAUGCCCAGGAACAGCCAGAAUGCGAAGAUGUGCAUGAAGGUUGGCAACAAUCACUGAAAAUUAACAAUGUCAAAGAUCGAUUGCAACAGAAGGGAAGAUAUAAAGAGAGUUCAGAUGAGAAGAUGACCCUUGUUCGGCGGAAGUUCAUUGAAGCAAAACGCCUAGCCACUGAUGAUAAGCUUCACCAGUCCAGGGAGUUCCAAGAUGCUCUGGAGAUUCUUAGUUCUAACAGGGAUUUAUUCCUCCAGUUUCUUCAAGAACCGAAUUCAUUGUUCACAAAACAUCUCUCUGACCUUCAGUCUAUUCCUCCGCCUCCUCAGACUAAGCGCAUCACAGUACUGAAGCCAUCGAUGACAGUGGAAGCAAGCAGAUGUGCUAGACAAGAGACGAAAAGGGAGAAACGAGUCAAACAGGUGCUUGAAGCAACUAAACGGGACAAAAAGAAGCCCGACUGGUGCUCUGCUUUUGCUCAUGACAAUGCUGACAACUCCCCUCAGCCAACUAGGAUAGUGGUUUUAAAGCCUAGCCCUGGGAAGACCCAUGAAGUCAAGGCUGUGGUUCCUUCCCCAGCCGCACCACUGAGAUCGCUACAAAGUAGAGAUUUUUAUGGAGAAUCAAGGACUGAUGCAGCGAGAUAUUCUAGGGAAACAGCUAAGGAUAUUACACGGCAGAUACGGGAAAGUUUGAGCAGUAACAAGAGGGGUGAAGCUUUGCUAUCUUCUGCAUUAUCAAAUAGAUGCAUUGGGGAGGAAAGGUCAUUAAAUGUGUCAGAAAAUGAGUAUAUAGAAGAGGGAAAUUUCAGUGAUUCAGAAAUUAUGACACCAACUUCAGGGCAUUCUUGGGACUAUAUAAACAGAUACGGCAGUCCCUGCUCAUCCUCUUCUCUCAGCCGAGCAUCCUAUUCACCAGAGUCGGCAGUUACUAGAGAAGCUAAGAAGCGGCUUUCCGAAAGAUUGGCAAUGAUAAUGUCAGCUGGAAGUGGUCAAGAGCAAAGACAGCUCCGGAGAAGCUCGAGCACAUUGCGUGAAAUGCUUGCUCUUCCUCAAAUGAAGAAGACCAUAGGAUCCAUUGAAGCAGAUUCUAAUGGAGAGCCCAGCAUCUCCAGUAGCAGGUCAUGUGGUGGAGAACAAGAACCGAGGGAACCAAUUGCCUGCUUGUUGACUAGUCAGAAUGAGGAUGAAGAUGGGAAGAGUUCUCCUAGGAAUCUGUUAAGGUCGAAAUCGGUCCCGGUAUCUUCAACAGUCUAUGAGAAGGUCGGAUUGAGUGUUGAAGCUCCUGAUCCCACAGAAUGCAAACCCAUUGUUCCGAAGGAGGCGGCAAAGCUGAAGAGUGGGAAGUUCUUCAAGGGGAAAGUCUCAAGCUUAUUCUUCUCUAGGAAUAAGAAACCCAGUAAAGAAAAAUCCAGUCUGCAUCCCCCCAUUGGCUACAAUGGUGGACCUCAGUCUGUCAUUGCUAAAAUGCCAGAGGUUCUUCCCGAAAUAAAGCAGCUAUCUGCUGAGAAUAGAAGUGAUGAUAUUUCUCAAUGUGUUACAAACCAUGGCCUUGAAGAAAAGCUUCCACUCGAUCAAGGUGGAUCCUUGCACGAGACUUCCACAUGCAUACAAGCUGAACAGGGCACUCUCUCUUCUGAGGAAGUUUUGACUUGGGAAAAAACUGGGACACUUGACAACUCGAGCGAGAAACAGGACCGUCCCAGUCCAGUUUCAAUCUUUGAAGCCCCAUUUGAAGAUGAUGUUAAUACCCCACAGUUGGAAAAUGUGAGCACAGAUGAUCAGGAAUCACAUGUGCACAUACACUUCAAAUGCGAGUCAGCUGCUAAUUCUUCUAUAGAAUCAGUCACCCAUUCGUUGCCAUGGGAUGAUGAUUGCUCAGAAUCCCCCACACCAAAUGCACUAGAACCCUCAACAGUUUCCUGCAAAGCAGGUGAAGAAGAACAAGAACGGUUUUGGUUUGUCCAGACAUUACUAGCGUCUGCCGGAUUGGAUCGUGAGAAAUCCAGUGCAGUCUUUGCCAGAUGGCAUUCACCAGAGAGCCUAUUGGACCCAACACUGCUAGACAAGUUCAUGGGUCGGAAAGAAGACGAGCAGCAGAAGAAUGAGGCGAAACGCAGGCAACAGAGAUCAGAGUGGAGGCUUAUAUUCGAUUCUGUCAAUGCAACCCUUGCUGACAUGGCAGGGUACAGGUUGAACGGGAACCCCUGGGCCAUGUCAUGCUCUGGAAGGGUCCCAAAAGGAACUCCACUGAGGGAGGGAGUGUGGAGCCAGGUGAGGAAGUGGUUUUCUGGAGAGGUGGGGUGGUUUUCUGGCGAAAGCGAUUCGGGUAUGAUGGUGGAGAGGGUGGUGAGGAAGGAGGUGGGAGGGAGGGGUUGGGAAGAGCUGAUGGGGUUGGAGGUAGAUAGGAUAGGGGAGGAGAUUGAGGGAAAGAUGCUGAAGGAGUUGGUGGAUGAAGCUUUGGCUGAGCUAACUUAUGCUGUCUGCUGUUGUUUAAGAUCUCUCCCGCCUUAUGUACAGUCUUUUAUUUUUUCAAAUAGAAACUCAAUCCUUUUUUUUUCUCCUGGGAAUUCAUGUAAGUCUUCUUCCGUGAUGAUUGUUCUACUUUUGAGGAAGUUAGGUUAUUGGAAGUGAUUAUUGUAGCUUUUGAUGGAGAUGUGCCUAAAGAUUUCAAAAAGAAGGUUGUGCUUUUGUGAUAUGCCUUAUCAUACAAAUCUUCUUUUGCCGGGG